GUGUGCACUGCCAGUACCUGCUCUACAAGUGUCUGCAUCUUCCUGGAGUUCUCACUCCCAUCUCAUUAGAUUACAUGCCACUCCUAAAUCCAAAGAGCCUGUCCCUCCCUUCACUCCUCCUGGUCUCUGCACACUUGGCAUUUUACGUUCUUGCUGCUUACAGAUUCAGGACUCUGUUCCCUGCUCCCAGGCAGCUCCUGCAGAAGUUUGUGACAGUGACCCGCAUGCUAUUCUCUGGAGAACCCGCUGAUGCAGCAGGUGGCCCUAGAAGACCAAGCACAGCCCUGGCAUCUGGCUAUGAGAUGGGUGAAGUUCAGAUGUGCCAUACUGUGUACCCCUGGCACUCCAACCACUGUGGUGAGCUGAGUGCUGGACAGCUCCUGACAUGGAUAGACACCACAGCUUGCCUGGCAGCGGAGAGACAUGCCGGUGUGGCCUGUGUUACAGCAUCUGUGGAUGAUAUACAGAUUGAAGCGACUGCCAGGAUUGGCCAACAAAUCUGCAUUAGAGCAAAAGUGAACCGGGCAUUUAACACCAGCAUGGAGGUUGGCAUUAAAGUUGCCGUUGAAGAUCCAAUUACAAGUAGCCAGAAACACGUAUGCACAGCAUUUUCAACAUAUGUGGUUAAGCCUCUUGGAGCAAAAAAGGUUAAUCUAAAACCGGUGAGGCUUCAGUCUGCGCAGGAUCACAUAGAGUACAGUUUGGCAGCUGAAAGGAGGCGUAUACGACUUUAUCAUGAAGAUGCCUAUAACAAUCUGAUGGACGAUAGCUGUGCCUUCUAUGAUGCAGAUUGGGAAAGUGAUAACAAGAUCUCUACAGAUAGCACUUGUGUAGAAAGUAUAGAACUGGUUCUUCCUCCUCAUGCAAACCAUCAGGGAAACACAUUUGGAGGGCAGAUCAUGGCAUGGAUGGAAACUGUUGCCAACAUCUCUGCAAGCCGUCUCUGUCAUACACAUGCAGUUCUGAAGUCCGUGGACAUGUUCAAAUUCAGAGGCCCAUCUACUGUAGGAGACAGACUGGUGUUUCGGGCAAUUGUAAAUAACACAUUUCAUAAAAGCGUGGAGGUUGGCGUCCGUGUGGAAGCCUAUAACUGUGAAGAGUGGACUGAAGGCAAGCCGCGCCAUAUUAAUAGCGCUUUCCUGAUAUACCAAGCCAUUGAUGCCAACAAAGAGUAUAUUAUGUUCCCCAAGGUCAAAGCCUCUACAAAGGACAGUAUCAGAAGAUUUUGUGGAGCCAUUGCACGAAGGAAAAUACGCGUAGCAAGAAAAUACAUCUUGUCCAGCAAGCCAGAAAAGCCUGUCUCUCUUUCUUGGGAGAAAAGCAACCAAUCCUAUCUCUGUUACAAUAAUGUUGCUGCUCUGACCAUACUAGCCUCUAGAGAAGGAUGGGAAUUGAUCAGCACAAAGAAAAAUAUCCAGGUAUUUACAUAUGAAGAAAAUGACGUUUUGACAAUAAAAAUUGAAAUGCAGGUGAAGGUUCAAGCAAGCCAGGCUUAUCUGCUGCUAUCGGACCUUGGACUGCGGCCGCACUGGGAUGUUCACUACUUAAGCUGCGACAUUGUGGAAUCUGCUGGUGAUGAUGACAAAAUAUUUUAUGUAACCUGCCCGCCUGUAAAGCAAAGCAAGACCAAAGAUUUUGUGAUGCUUAUGUCUCGGAGGUAUCCAUUUAAAACUGGAGAUCCUUAUGUGGUAGCAAUGAGAUCGGUAACAUUGGCAACCUGCCCGCCAUCAGUACAGUACCUGAGAAGUGAGGUGCAGUGUGCAGGGUUUCUCAUAUACCGUCAGAACACAGAUGAAUGCCAGGUGACGUACGUGAACCAACUAACAUCUGGCAUAAUGCCAUACAUUGAAGAGAAUCUCACUGGCUGGUCUAAUUCAAUACAAGAGACUGCGUCUUCAUGUAUACAUUUUCUAGAGACCGCCAAGAUCUGCACAACAUUAUUGUAAAUACUCUUUAUACCAUUGUAUGUUUUUGAGAAAAAAAACUCCUGCCAUAAUCUCCAACUAAAACCGUAUUGUUCUAAAUAUUCACUACAUCUUUAAAAUUUCUUGUAUGAGAAAUCAUGUAAUUGUUUGCAUCCUCAGAUCUCCCCUUCUCCCUGUGAAAUAACCUCACAUUUGUAGUCCUGAGACUACGCCGCCACCUCUGCACUAUUGUUUCAACAAUCAAGUACGUGUUGUUGCACUUGUCUUUCCUUCCCUGCACCUCUUCACUGCUAUAGUGCUUAUCUACCUUGAUAUGGAUCAGGACUGAGCCUUAAUGGGGUUUUGGGGAGUACAAUAUUUAUUACCUAUUCUCAGGAUAGGUCAUCAAUACCUGAUGUGUUGGCACAGUGCCAUACACUGUAUAGUGGCUGUGCUUGGUAUUGCAGCCCAGGCCCAUUCAUUUAAAUGGGACUGAGCUGCACAUAAGCCAUGUGACCAAUGAACACAAGGUUACUGGUCUAUGUAGAAGCCAAAGUGCUCAAUGAAGCACCAUGGCCUCAUUUUGCGGAACAGAAUUGCAGACCCAUUCAUUUAUAUGGGGCCGCACAACGUGAAUAGGCAUAUUCUAUUAAUGCCGGCAAUGUGUGGUUUGCAAAAUGCGGAAUGCACAUUGCCGCUGUCUGUGUUUUGUAGAUCCGCAAAACACAUGGAUGUGUGAAUGGACCCUUAUAUCAAUGGCCUAUCCUGAGGAUAGGUAUUUAAAUAUUUUACUUCCAGAACCCCCCUUUCUUAAUAAUCCAAGUGAAAAGUGAAGCUAGCCUACUGUAUGAUAUGGUGUACAUAUAUUUUGAAUUAUUUUGAGUGGAUCUGUCAGCUUAAUACACUGGCUUGUGUAAGUCAGCAUAUUAUAAGUCUGUACUACAAUUAUCCAAAAUGGUACAAAGAAGGUUGUGCUGUUUGGCUACUAUGAGCCCUGCACGUUUACACCCCACAGUGGAGUCCCGUGUAUUCAUGAGGAGUGUUCACCCCACCUUUUGGGGCUGUAAUUGACAGGCUACUGUGUAUACAUAGCAGCCUGUGAAUCACCACCCCAAGAGACAGCUCAUGAAUUUAUUAGACUUUAGGGUCCAUAGUAGCCAAAUGGCACAUAUUUGUGCAGC